AUGCUUUCAUCACAACUCCCUACCAGCUAUCCUUCGAAUCGCCUUACUCCACCGCCGCCUCUCGUCACUCCCCACCGUCGCCUCUACCUCCCUCCCCAUCAUAGCCUCUCCCUCCGUCCCCGCCGUCGCUCUCCCUUUCUCCUCGUUGUCGCCUCUCCCUCCCUUCCCGCCGUCGCCUCUGCGCUGGCGCCUAUUGCGCUGGCGCCAUGCGCGCUGGCGCCUAUUGCGCUGGCGCCAUGCGCGCUGGCGCCUAUUGCGCUGGCGCCAUGUGCGCUGGCGCCAUGUGCGUUGGCGCCUAGCGCUCUGGCGCCAUGCGCGUUGGCGCCAUGUGCGCUGGCGCCUAGCGCACUGGCGCCAUGCGCGUUGGCGCCAUGUGCGCUGGCGCCUAUCGCGCUGGCGCCAUGCGCGCUGGCACCUACCGGAGUGGCGCCAAGUGCGCUGGCGCCAUGUGCGUUGGCGCCUAUUGCGCUGGCGCCUAGCGCGCUGGCGCCAUGCGCGCUGGCGCCUACCGGGCUGGCGCCAAGUGCGCUGGCGCCUAGCGCUCUGGCGCCGUGUGCGCUGGCGCCAUGUUCGCUGGCGCUUAGCGCGCUGGCGCCAUACGCGCUGGCGCCAUGCGCGUUAGCGCCUAGCGCGCUGGCGCCAUCCGCGCUGGCGCCAUGCGCGUUAGCGCCUAGCGCGCUGGCGCCAUCCGCGCUGGCGCCUACCGGACUGGCGCCAAGUGCGCUGGCGCCAUGUGCGUUGGCUCCUAUUGCGCUGGCGCAUACCGGGCUGGCGCCAAGUGCACUGGCGCCUAGCGCGCUGGCGCCGUGUGCGCUGGCUCCGUGUGCGUUGGCGCCUAUUGCGCUGGCGCCAUGA